AUGUCAGCCAACAUGGAAAAACCAACGCACACCAUGUCACGUAAAGACUUGCUUGAUACAACUCAAGAUGAUCUAUCAACUCGAAAGCCUAAAUUUCAUCCUUCCGAAAGAUAUAUCGAGGAUAGGAAUGCCUUCACUUUGCCACUCGUCAGAUACAUUGGCCGUACCACGAGUACACUCGCUUUGAGUUUCUUGUUCGACUGGACGCAAGUCAUUCGUCAUCCUUUGGGAUCAGUGACAGCUCUAGUAGCAUACCCAUUAGCAUCUAGUAUUAUGAUUGCUGUUUCUCUGGGAUUUCGAACCUUUAGUCACAUCGAUUCUGGAGAGCUAGGUAAAAAGUUAGUCUCAAAAAUGUUGGCGUAUGAAAAAGUCAAACAAGAUCUUGUUGAUACGGCCGGUGACUUUCUCGAAGACUCGUUCGGACUCAAACACGACCAAUUCACAAAGAUGACCCAUUAUGUCGACUACUCAGACCCCCGCUACAUGCGUCCUUCUUUCAACAUAGAUGUUGCCGAAUUCAUGUUAGUUCUCUCGGCUCUCAUGUACGAACGUGAGGAACCUUCUGAUGGAGAUUACCCUAGCAAUGACAGCGAACUGGAGCGCUAUACUGCUUUUAUUCGUAAACAAGCUCGAGAAUGGGGUUUAGAAUUCAAGUCACUAUCUGAAUUAGGAACAAGUGCGAGUCCAUUUUGUGGCGCGUUCUGGGAUCCGCAUAAGAAGUUUAUCGUUAUUGCAUUUAAAGGAACGACACCGACCGACUUUGCCGAGUGGGCUGUUGAUGCUACUUUUAUGCGUACUGAUGGCAGGACACAGUUAUUCGGUGAAGUGCAUGAAGGAUUCUAUAGACUGCUAUUUGGAAACGAGAAGAAAGGGCGUUCCAAGUUGAUUGGGAAUUACCCGUAUAGGAACAUAUUGAAGAACUUGCAUUGUAUUAUAGAAGAUAUUAAAGGAGGGGACAUCAAUGUCUGGGUUACUGGGCAUUCAUUGGGUAGUGCCCUUGCGUCCUUGUUUUAUGCGAGAUUAAUGCGCAGUCCUACUGAUUUGCCGGAUAAUUGUAUUUUAAGAGACGCCUACGUCUUCGGGACGCCCUGCACAGGCAACGAUACCUUUUCCGUUAACUUUUCCUCGCUCUGUAACACGCCUUCUAAUCGGUUUAAUACGUGCUGGCGCGUGAUAGACGAUAAAGACAUUGUCUGCAGAGUCCCGCUUGGAUUCGAUGAUCCUCAAAUAUUGCAAUACGCUAGCAAGAAUUAUAUUUUCGACUAUGCUCAUAUUGGAGAGGCUAUAAGGCUUUACCAGGACGGGCGUGAACCAAAGACGGAAGUCGAUGAGUUGCUGCUCAUGAAGUCGAAGGGACAUAGGGCAGUAGAUGAUUUUAGUGGACAGGAGAAAGGGUAUGGAUUUUUACCGGCUUUUGUCAAAGAUCAUCUCCCGUAUAGAUAUUUGAAAGCUCUGCAGAUGGCGAGACCGUAUUUCCCGAAUAAUGCCAGAACAAGGGGACUUCAUAAGGGAUUUGGUAGCUUUGGGGGGGGAUCUGAUGCAAAGAAAUUCAUUUAA